GCGGUUAAAGGCACAGGCAGUGCUCACUUUCUGCGUCUCCCAGCACAGUCUGUUCCCUGUCAUCUCUGUCAUAUACCCCGCCAACAAGCCCGAGACAUCGUCGAACGCGCAAAGUCUCCUCUUCCGAGGCCGCUAUUCGCACCUCUUGCUGUUCGGCACUCACAUCGCUCCUUACCCCCCGUUUCAAGUUUUAAAGCUCGAAGAGCCUGUUUCACAGGAACAUCCAUCGCUAACAUCUAGUCUGUCAUCGUCGCUUGUUCCCAACGUUCGACGCCGACCUGUUGGCAGUUUGAGUCCACACGGCGCGUGUGUGGGUGUAUCUGGAAUCCUGGGUAAUCGACCUCGUUCUUCGUCAUUUGCUUAGGAGUGCAGGCAGGCCAACUCCAUCUGGGAUACUCGGAUAUACAGACACCGUGCAUAUUUACUCUCGACCCUUACUACUAGCCCUGUUAUCUACGGACUCUCCUCCUCAUUGGAAUCCUCAUUUACAGUCUUCUGGUCUGUCUACUCCAAUUUGCCAUGGAGCCGAACAACAACGGACACGGCAACAUGUUUCCCGGCCCUCCCUCCCUUCGUGCUUCAACAACCUAUGUCCCAUCUCUCGUUCCUCCGGGUGUUGACCCAUCCCAAGUGGAUGUACGAACGUUCUUUCCAUACCAACCCAACGAGGUGAAACACCGCAAACGCACUACGCGGCCACAACUGAAGGUCCUGGAAGACGUUUACAAGUACGACAAGAAGCCCAAUGCUAGCCUGCGGAAAAAGCUCGCAGAUGAGCUGGGAAUGUUACCACGAGGUGUCCAGGUCUGGUUCCAAAAUCGCCGAGCAAAAGAGAAGAAUCUCGCGCGCAAAGCAGAACAGGUCAGAGAAGGCGGCGCGGGUGUCAAAAAGCCGGUGAACUUGAACGCGUCCCCUGCUCCUGAGUCUCCGUCUACUGCUCCAGAGUCUUCGUCUCCAACCCCUGUAUCAUCCAAACCUCUGAAAGCAGGCGAAGCGUCGUCCUCUGCUCGUACUUCUCCUGGAUCGACGGCAACCUUACCGCCAGCGACUUCGUCGGCUUCCUCUCCUUCACCUACUCCUGCUGGCUUAGCACCACCGCCCGAGGAAUCAGGUAUUCAGCAGGAUGAAGAGUCACCGUUCGUGCAAAGCCCUCCAAGUCGCGAGGCGUCGGUGCCAUCUGGCUACCCGUCAAGCACACCCCCGCCGUCUGCCGCAGAACUUCAGGCUCAACGGCGAUCAUCGCUCCCAAUCCUGUCCAUUACACCCAGUGCGUCGUCGCCAGGCCGUCUACCUGUCCGGACCACCCGAGCUAGCAUCCAUGGCGGCGGCACCAGCGGCUUCCUCUCGGCCUCAAAUGGACAGCCGCAUGCCUUUGAUCUUCCAAUGCGGAGACGCAGCGUUGACAUGAGUGCUAAGCGCCUCGGCGCACAUCCCUACGCGCAUUUAGCCCGAGGAACUAACGACAGAUUCCACGGCGCAAAUCUAUCUCACAUGCAUAGCCUUGCUCCGGCGGCCAAUGGCGACGGAGCCAGCAGAUUGGAUAGCAUUCAAAGCGCGCCAGGUCGGAUCGGACUUCUGCGCCAUGGCUCGAUGCCGCAUGUGCUUGCCCCAAUGGACGUACCUAGCCGUAUUCAGCGUCGCGGAAAUGUUAUGCAGGAGUACAACGUCGACUUUCCACAAGGGGACCUGGCCCCGCCGCGGCCUACCCUCGCCCAUAAGCACUCGUUGCCCGCGUUCCGCGAGUCGUCUCAGGAGUUUUACCUGUCGCCACGUUCUAUGUCUUCAGGGCUGUCCGGUUCCAUCUUCACGAAUCCGAACCCAUUCGCGCCCACGCUACCAGCAGGGACGUCGCCGACAUUCAACUACGACACGCCCGUGUCGCCCCUCGCGUCUGGCGCACAGCCGCCACCGUCCCCAAGCUCCGCGUCGCCACCACCCAUCUCCCAGUCGCUUAUGCACAGCUACGGCCACGGCAUGCAUGUCCCGUCACGCAUUGUGCAGCCGCCGAUCCCGGGUCCACUGCCCGAGCCGUCCUUCUCGUUCGGCGACCCCUCGAGCUCACCAUCGAUCUCUUCGUCUGUAGCGUCUUCGCCGCCUUCAGACCAUUCGACUGUUGUUGACAGACCUAUACGCCGGGAUUCGGCCGACUCGGUCAACUCUGGCGGCGGACCGAACGGCGACGAUACCAGCCAGGACUCCUCUGGAUACGAUGCGCUGUCCCGUUUCGGCUCAUUUGCAAGCGUGAGCAGCUGGACAAGCUACCGGAGCGAGCCUGCCGACGCCCAAGCGCAAAAGCCUGAGACUCUUGAGGCGCCGGAGGGUUUUGACCACGCAAGACGAGGCAGCUUUGCUUCGACAUUCCUUCCGCAGUGGAUGGAUAGGCUAGAAGUUGCGGAUGCGGGAACAGCACAGCCUCACUCGUUCGCGAACGACGGGCUGUCUGAUCAAAUCCCUCCUGAAAUUGCCGAAAGCCGACGAGGGAGCAUUGCUCAGCCUGAACAGGCGGCGUACACACCACACCUGCACGAUAUCUACGGCGGGCAGAACGUAUACCUUACUCAGGAUCAGUUCAACUAUGCACCGCAAGAGCAUCACAUGCCAUACCCAUCGACGGACCAAGAUCCACAUGCUUCUAACGGGGACGUCUAUGCACAGAUGAGCGAGACGGAUAUCCAGCAACACGUCGAGGCUCACCAUCCUCUCAAAAUGCAGCCUUUCCGCCAGUCAAGCUCAAGCGAGCUUGCGUACGCGCUGCAUCCACAAGGCAAUAUGCAGAACAAUGCCCGGUUUGCCGUCGGUUACUCAGAUAGCGCUAGCCAAGGCAGUGUACACCCGCCAACAGCCCCAGACCAGUCGGCGCCAUUUGAUUCUCCUUCGGCAGAGACUGUGCAUUAUGGGCAGGAGUCGUACGAGCAGCAGGUCACCUCAUACGGCUCAUUUACAUCGGAACAGCGGCAGACGGCGUACCCGGAGCAACAACAGCCGGCCUACCCGGAACAGCAGCCGACAUACCCGGAGGAGCAACUCGCGACGUACCCGGAGGAGCAACUCACGACGUACUACGAUUAUGGCCUGCAUACGGGCACGCCAAUGUACGCCAAUGGCGCUGUGGACCUCGGUUCCAUGUGUGUCCCUGCGUCGAUAGCGAUGGACGGCCUCGGCGACUACGUCCAGCAGUACGCAUAGGGGACUCGUUGCGUACUAUGUCCUUUCACCGCCUGGGAUCGACCACAUGUGGUCUUCACUCGGUUCAUUCCUUGCCCAACCCUCAAAACACCUUCGUUCGUUACCCGGAAUCGUCCAGCGUCCGUCAAAUCUCACUCGUUUUCCCACAAGCAAUUCUCAUCUUCAGUCACAUCUUGAUCACUCAUAUCGUCAUAUGUUAUGUCUCCAGUAUAAUUCUCCUCGGGCGUGUCUGUAUCCUUGUGUUAGGGAGCGCCGGAUCCGAGCGGCGUUGAUUAUAUCGUGUAGCAGCUCUCAACUAAUGCGUGUCGCAUGCUCCCUUAUUAUUUUUUGCAGGUUGCUUCCGUUCAUUUAUAUUUGCUCUCCUCAAUUUGCGCUCAAUCUUCGCUCUUUUAUAUAUCAAUAGCUUCAUACAGCACAGUCAGUCGGUCGCAUAUCCCAUCAUCCGUCUCACCGUCCACUCGCCGCUCCCUCUGCUCUCCGUGUUCGCUUGCCUCCGACUGUAGACUUUAGAUACGCGUCAUUUGCAGUCUAGCAGUUCGGUUUAGCUUUCUUUUCUUAUGCGUCUAUCAUUGUGACUGCUCAGGGACAUUCAGCAUUUGUUUAUAUAUCUAAGUGUCAGUU